AUGGGAAGCCGACGAUUAGCCGAAGACUUGUUGAAAAUUCCCGAGCAACAACCCGACAUCGACAAGAAUCAAAAAGUUCGCAUCUUCGAAGGCUCCCUCGACGACAAGCAAUUACUCUCCCACUGCAUCGAAGGCACGAGAGCCGUCUUCGUUGCCAUCGCAGUGAAAGGCAACCAGCCGGGUCUGACUAUCGCUCAAGAUACCGCCCACCAUGUCAUUGCGGCGAUAAAGAUGUUGCAGUCCUCGCAAGGCCUCCCGAAACUCAUCAUCCUCAGCUCGGCUUCGACAGACCAUCGGCUGAUGACGGCAGUACCUCAUUUCCUCCUCGACACACUCUACUGCACAUGCUCUUAUAUAUACGACGAUCUCAAAGCCGCCGAAAAGAUCUACCGUUCCGAAGACGCUUGGUUGACUGCCAUCUUCAUCAAGCCGGGUGCCUUGUCGAACGAUGCUCAGAAAGGACAUAAACUCAGCACGGAGGUCGCCAAGUCCCCUGUCAGCUUCUUGGACCUCGCUGGAGGAAUGUUGGACAUUGCGAGCCAAGACGGCGAUCGGUACGACUGGAAAGGCGUGGCCGUCAAUGCAGCGAGCGAUAACGUUGCGUUCCCUUGGGAGGCACCUUUCGUGUUGAGCAAAGGUUUCAUCAUUCACUUUCUGCCUUGGGCGUACAAAUAUAUAGGCUAG